UUCCUCCUCCUCCUCUUCCUCCUCCUCCUCCUCCUCUUCCUCCUCCUCCUCUACACAUUAAACCCUAAAAACGCUGCACACGGUUCACUCCCACCUUCACAGCCUCCAUCAGCGGUCCUGCUCCACUUUCCUCUGUGUGUGAUUCAUCUUUGCAAACUAGCCACCAUGGUUUCCCAUAAAGAGUUUGUGGGCGCAGGGAAGACGCCGGGGCUGCAGGUGUGGCGUAUCGAGAACCUGGACCUGAAGCCCGUUCCCAAGGCCUUGCAUGGCAGCUUUUACACCGGGGAUGCCUACCUGCUGCUCUUCACCACCUCCGCACCUUCGUACAACAUACACAUGUGGCUGGGGGACGAGUGUUCGCAGGAUGAGAGUGGAGCAGUGGCCAUCUUUGCCACACAGCUGGAUGACUUCCUGGGUGGUGGACCGGUGCAGUACAGGGAGGUGCAGAACUUCGAAUCCAACACCCUAGUGGGGUACUUCAGAUCAGGCAUCAAGUAUCAGAAAGGGGGCGUGGCCUCAGGUUUCCAGCAUGUGGUGACCAAUGACAUGAACGUGAAGCGCCUGCUGCACAUCAAGGGUCGGAGGGCCAUCAGAGCGACAGAGGUGGACAUGAGCUGGUCCAACUUCAACAAGGGCGACUGCUUUAUUAUUGACCUGGGAAAGGACGUCUAUCAGUGGUGUGGCAGUCAGUGUAACCGCUUCGAGAGGCUGAAGGCGUACCAGGUGGCCAUCGACAUCAGAGAUAAUGAGAGGAAAGGCAGAGCCAAACUGCACAUGGUGGAGGAGGGGGAAGAGCCGGCAGCAGUUAUCGAGGCUCUGGGUCCCAAAUCCACCAUUUCCCCUGGCACUGAUGAUGAGAAGGUGGACACCUCCAACAGGAAGAAGGGUGCCCUCUACAUGAUCUCUGAUGCAUCUGGUGCAAUGAAGGUCUCGGCCGUGGCUCCGUCCAGUCCCUUUAAGCAGGCCAUGUUGUCUGCUGAGGAGUGCUACAUCCUGGACAACGGCGUGGACAGGAACAUCUUUGUGUGGAAAGGUCCCAAGGCCAAUAUGUCGGAGCGCAAGGCAGCCAUGUCGGCUGGUCAGCAGUUCAUCAAAGACAAGGGAUACUCCAAUAAGACACAGAUCCAGGUGCUCCCUGCAGGAGCCGAGACAACUCUGUUCAAGCAGUUCUUCAUCGACUGGAAGGACAAGGAUGAGACGACGGGCCCCAGCAAGGCCUACACCAUCGGCCGCAUCGCAAAGGUGGAACAGGUGCCAUUCGACGCCUCCACCCUGCACUCAGACAAAGCCAUGGCCGCUCAGCAUGGCAUGGUGGAUGAUGGCAAGGGCAAGGUCCAGAUCUGGCGAGUUGAGAACGGUGCAAUGGCGCCUGUGGAUCCCUCUGCCUACGGUCAUUUCUAUGGCGGCGACUGUUACCUCAUCCUGUACAGCUACAGACUGGGAGGCCGGGAGCAGCACAUCAUAUACACCUGGCAGGGGCUGAGGUGCUCUCAGGAUGAACUGGCAGCCUCAGCGUUCCUCACAGUGAAGCUGGACGACUCAAUGGGAGGAUCCCCUGUUCAGGUGAGAGUGACUCAGGGUCAGGAGCCUCCCCACCUGAUGAGCCUGUUCGCGGGCAAACCCAUGAUCAUCCACAGCGGAGGGACGUCAAGCAAGGGUGGACAGUCGCAGACCAGCAGCACUCGUCUCUUCCACAUCCGGCAGAGCUCGUCCCGCGCAACCCGGGCUGUAGAGGUCGAGGCAUCUGCCUCCAGUCUGAACACCAACGAUGUGUUCGUGCUGAAAUCCCCGAAAGCCGUGUUUGUGUGGCGGGGAAUGGGAGCCAGUGAUGAGGAGAUGGCGGCUGCCAAACAUGUCGUGGGCUUCCUGGGUGGCAGCGCCGCCCAAGUGUCAGAGCGCAAGGAGCCAGAUGAUUUCUGGUCUGCGCUCGGUGGCAAGAAGGAUUACCAGACGUCCAAGAGUCUGCAGAACGUGGUCAGACUCCCACGUCUGUUCGGCUGCUCCAACAAAACUGGAAGACUCGCUGUCGAAGAAGUCCCGGGAGACUUCAAUCAGUCAGAUCUGGCCACUGAUGAUGUCAUGAUCCUGGACACCUGGGACCAGAUCUUUCUCUGGGUUGGCAACGACGCUAAUGCAGUGGAAAGGAACGGAGCUCCCAAAAUAGCAAAAGACUAUGUAGACUCAGACCCGUCUGGUCGCAGAGGACUUCCCAUCACCACCAUCAAACAGGGAGCAGAACCUCCAACUUUCGCUGGCUGGUUCCAGGCUUGGGAUCCCAAGAUGUGGGAGACGGAUCCGUUGGCCAGAGUUUUUGGCCGUGUCUGAGCGCCAAACUCCUGGCUCUUCCUCCCGGUCUGACUCCUUAUCCAUCCUGCACUUCCUAAUGCCGCCUUGUUCAUCUUACCUCUAGUCCCUAAGUGCCAAAAACCAAUGUUGUCACCGUCAUUGGGUUGAGUGGCUGCCUCUGCGCCUUGGUGUCGGAGCAGCGCACUAGACCUCCAGAACUGGAAAUGCACGACAUCGGUAGUUGAAUGACGCAUCAACCGUAACUGGUGGUUGAAAGUGGCCUGUUGCAUCCCACCGCUUGUCGUUUUGUUACAUGUUCAGCUAAUACCCAAUAGGAAAUAGGAAAGGAGGCCAUUUUAGACAGCUGGAGAUCUUAUCUGUUUCUCUCUGCUAUCCUUCACUGCAGUUCACUUUUGUUCAGAGGACGACACCACGCUCUCCUCUCUGUCUUUCUCAACAGUCUGUUUGUUUGUCAUAAUGAGCUACAAGUUUUGAUAGAACCGGUUUACACCAUUAUGGAUCUCUGUCUACAUGUGUUGUGUUUUAUCAUUGGUUCGGUAGUUCAGAAGUAGCAUGCUGCAUUUUUUUUUUUUAAAUCAUACUGUAUUCUUUGCUUGAGAGUUUUCAAAAAGCGCACACUGGUAUACACGCAUGUUGGUUGUGUUGGCUCUUUAUUAAAUGACCCUGAAAUGCUCAUGUGGAUGGCUUUUAAAUAAAACUCCCCAGGAUUUCAA